AUGCACGACUAUACCUCAGCUCUUCAAUCUCAUCAACGUGCAUUGGCUAUCCGUAUUAAACUGUGUGGAGAAGAACAUGAAAGCACUGCUGACAGCUACAAGCAGGUCGGUAUAGCACAACACAGCAUGCACGACUAUACCUCAGCUCUUCAAUCUCAACAACGUGCAUUGGCUAUCCGUAUUAAACUGUGUGGAGAAGAACAUGAAAGCACUGCUGACAGCUACAGGCAGGUCGGUGUAGCACAACACACCAUGCACGACUAUACCUCAGCUCUUCAAUCUCAUCAACGUGCAUUGGCUAUCCGUAUUAAACUGUGUGGAGAAGAACAUGAAAGCACUGCUGACAGCUACAGGCAGGUCGGUGUAGCACAACACACCAUGCACGACUAUACCUCAGCUCUUCAAUCUCAUCAACGUGCAUUGGCUAUCCGUAUUAAACUGUUUGGAGAAGAACAUGAAAGUACUGCUGACAGUUACAGGCAGGUCGGUGCAGUACAAACCAGGAUGCGCGACUAUACCUCAGCUCUUCAAUCUCAUCAACGUGCAUUGGCUAUCUGUAUUAAUUUGUUUGGCGAAGUGCAUGAAUGUACUGCCGACAGCUACAGUGAACUCGGUGUGACACAAAACAGCAUGCUGGACUACAUCUCAGCUCUCCAAUCUUUUCAGCGUGCCCUGGCUAUCCGUAUU